UGGGAUCCAGAUCUUCCUUUGCUACUUCUUUUACUCUGUCUCUCUCCUUGAAUGCUCUGUUUUACUAAUAUACUAUUUCUAUAAAACAAAGUAAAAACCAACUCCAUGGGGUUCUUCGCUUCACAAUCCCAACGCACUUCUCUCUCUCCUUACCACUUCUCCUCCUCCUCCUCCCUCUCUUUCUCUUCUUCUUCACCAAUGCCACGUAACCAUAGAUUCAGCUUCUUCCUCUUUCUUUUUUUAAACUCCUCUGUUUUCUUCUUCAUCCCCUGUUUCUCUGUAAACGAUCAAGGCCAAGCUCUGCUCUCAUGGAAAUCUCAGCUAAACAUCUCCGGAGACGCCUUAUCUUCUUGGAACGCCGCGGAAUCGAAUCCUUGCAAAUGGGUCGGAAUCAGAUGCAACGCGAGAGGCCAAGUCUCGGAGAUACAGCUCCAAGUCACGGACUUUCAAGGUCCUUUACCCGCCACGAAUCUCUUGCAGCUAAAGUCUCUGACUUCACUCAGAUUAACCUCCGUGAAUCUCACCGGUUUCAUCCCUAAGGAGCUCGGAGACUUACCGGAGCUCGAAGUCCUCGAUUUGGCCGAUAACUCUCUCUCCGGUGAAAUCCCUGUCGAAAUCUUCAAGCUCAAGAAACUCAAGACUCUGUCUCUCAACACCAACAACCUCGAAGGUGCGAUUCCUUCGGAGCUGGGGAACCUCACUAACCUCGUCGAGCUCACUCUCUUCGACAACAAACUCGCCGGAGAGAUUCCGAAGAGCAUCGGAGAGCUCAAGAAUCUACAAACCUUCCGCGCGGGCGGGAACAAGAAUCUAAGAGGAGAGCUUCCUUGGGAGAUUGGUAACUGCGAGAGCCUCGUGACGUUAGGUCUCGCCGAGACUAGUCUCUCCGGUAAACUCCCGGCUUCGAUAGGAAACCUGAAACACGUUCAGACAAUAGCUCUGUACACGUCACUCUUCUCCGGUCCAAUCCCCGAUGAGAUUGGGAACUGCACGGAGCUUCAAAACCUCUACUUGUACCAAAACUCGAUCUCCCGUUCGAUUCCGACAACACUAGGUGGUCUCAAGAACCUUCAAAGCCUUCUCUUAUGGCAAAACAACCUCGUCGGAAAAAUCCCCGUCGAGCUCGGGAACUGUCCGGACCUUUUCCUCAUCGACUUAUCCGAAAACCUCCUCACCGGAAACAUCCCGAGAAGCUUCGGAAACCUCCCCAAUCUCCAGGAGCUUCAGCUCAGCGUUAACCAGCUCUCCGGUACGAUCCCCGAAGAGCUAGCGAACUGCACGAAGCUGACGCAUUUAGAGAUCGACAACAACCGAAUCUCCGGGGAGAUUCCGCAGUUGAAACUAACGAGCCUGACGAUGUUCUUCGCGUGGUCGAACCAGUUAACCGGGAAAAUACCGGAGAGUCUUUCUCAAUGCGAAGAGCUUCAAGCCAUCGAUCUCUCUUACAACGCUCUCUCCGGUUCGAUUCCCAACGGAAUCUUCGAUCUACGUAACCUCACGAAGCUUCUUCUCCUCUCUAACAGCUUGUCUGGAUCCGUACCACCGGAGAUUGGAAACUGCACGAGUCUCUACCGGCUAAGGCUCAACGGAAACAGACUCGCGGGGAAUAUUCCGUCCGAGAUUGGGAAUCUGAAAAAUUUAAACUUUAUCGAUAUAAGCGAGAAUCGUCUCGCGGGUAACAUUCCACCGGCUAUCUCCGGUUGCGAAAGCCUUGAGUUUCUCGAUCUUCACUCCAACGGUUUAACCGGUUCGUUACCCGGUACGCUUCCCAAGAGUUUGCAGUUCAUCGACUUCUCAGAUAACUCACUAACCGGUUCUCUACCAUCCGGUAUCGGUUCUUUAACCGAACUCACAAAACUCAACCUCGCGAAGAAUCGUCUCUCCGGUUCGAUCCCGAGAGAGAUCUCUUCUUGCCGGAGCCUCCAGCUUCUCAACCUCGGCGACAACGGAUUCACCGGAGACAUCCCAGACGAGCUAGGCCGCAUCCCGUCCCUCGCGAUAUCUCUGAACCUGAGCUGCAACUCCUUCUCCGGCGUAAUCCCGUCGAGGUUCUCCAGCCUCGUCAAUCUCGGAACCCUAGACGUCUCUCACAACAAACUCGCCGGAAACCUCAACGCCUUGGCUGAUCUUCAGAACCUCGUCUCGCUCAACAUCUCCUUCAACGAAUUCUCCGGGGAGCUGCCGAACACUCUGUUUUUCCGGAAACUCCCGCUCUCUGUUCUCGAAUCGAACAGAGGACUCUUCAUCUCGACCCGACCCGAUACCGAGAUCCAAACCCGACGACACCGCUCCGCCGUUAAACUAGCCAUGUCGAUCCUCGUCGCAGCGAGCGUCGUCCUCGUUCUCAUGGCGGUUUACACUCUCGUCAAAGCGCAGCGAGUCGCCGGGAAACAAAACGAGGAGUUGGACACGUGGGAAGUGACUCUGUAUCAGAAACUCGACUUCUCCAUCGACGACAUCGUCAAGAACUUGACUUCGGCUAACGUGAUCGGAACCGGAAGCUCCGGGGUGGUUUACAGAGUGACGAUCCCGUCGGGAGAAACUCUGGCGGUGAAGAAGAUGUGGUCGAAGGAAGAGACCGGAGCAUUUAACUCGGAGAUCAACACGCUCGGUUUGAUCCGACAUCGGAAUAUAAUACGUCUCUUGGGUUGGUGUUCGAAUAAGAAUCUGAAACUCUUGUUCUACGAUUAUCUCCCCAACGGAAGUCUAAGCUCUCUGCUUCACGGCGCCGGUAAAGGGAGAGGAGGAGCUGAUUGGGAGGCACGAUACGAUGUCGUUUUGGGAGUUGCGCAUGCACUCGCUUAUCUCCACCAUGAUUGCCUCCCUCCGAUUCUACACGGCGACGUUAAAGCUAUGAAUGUCUUAUUAGGUUCCCGGUUCGAACCGUUCUUAGCCGAUUUCGGUUUAGCCAAAACCGUCUCAUGUGAAGAAAAUAACGAUGUAGAUUCAUCAAAAUCAAGUAACCGGCCUCCGUUGGCUGGCUCUUACGGUUACAUGGCUCCAGAACAUGCAUCGAUGCAACGUAUAACCGAAAAGAGCGAUGUGUAUAGUUUUGGAGUGGUGCUAUUGGAAGUGUUAACGGGAAAGCAUCCACUGGAUCCGGAUCUACCAGGAGGUGCACAUUUGGUUCAAUGGGUGAGAGAUCAUCUAGCCAAGAAAAAGGCUCCAGGAGAAAUCCUCGACCCAAGGCUCCGUGGACGAGCCGAUCCAAUAAUGCAUGAGAUGCUCCAAACGUUAGCGGUCGCAUUCCUCUGCGUCAGCAAUAAGGCAGCUGAUAGGCCUAUGAUGAAAGAUAUUGUGGCAAUGCUUAAAGAGAUUAGGCAGCUUGACGUGGGACGAUCUGACAACGAUAUGUUAAAAGGCGGAAAAUGUGAAAAAUGGCAGCCACAGCCGCUACCGCCGGAGAAGUUUGUCACUCCUCGUGGUUCAUCUAAUUGUUCGUUUGCGUUUUCGGAUGAAUCCGUAUAGAAACCCAUAUAGAACUACAAUUACUGUGACUACAUUUAUAAAUUGAAAGGGUGUGUGAAUAUUUGUUGCCAAUGAUUUGUUAGAAGAAUCGGAAAGAAAUAAUAUCUUGGUGUAUUUUUUAUGGUUUGAGAGUUUUCAUUAUAUUUUGCAGACGAGUUAUGAAUGUAAUGUACAACUACUAUACAUUAGUUUGAAGUGACUUAUUCUCUUUUCUUAA